AACGCGUAAAUUAUCUGAAAAUGUGUCGUCUCUAGAGUAGUAGUAGUAGUUGAGAUUCUUGCUGUUCUCCAACUAAAGAUUAUAAUUUUAUAUAAAAAAAUUAAAAGAGAAAGACAAUAAAAAUAAAAAGAUGGAUCAAAAACGAGAUCCCCUUUUUCGAAAUCCGAAUAAUGUUUUUAUUUUUAUUUUUUAAAGUGUCUCUUUCUCAUGAUUUAGGAUUCCAACCCUCUCCUUUACCCCCUCUUGUUCUCUCCAUAUUCCUUCUUUAGAAAGAGAUUGGCUCUUUGGUUUCUUCUGUCUCAGUAAGUGAUCAGAGCUUUCUUUUCCUCACCGCUGCCUCCUCCAUUAAUGGCGUCUGAGAAAUCUAGCUCCAAGGGUCAAGCAUGGUUUUGUACGACCGGGUUACCUAGCGACAUUGAAAUCGAAGUUGAUGACAUGACAUUCCAUCUCCAUAAGUUUCCUCUCAUGUCAAAGAGCAGAAAACUUCACAGGUUGAUUACAGAGCAAGAGACUAGAUCUUCUUCCAUGGCCCUAACUGUCACCGACCCUAAAGUAGAACAAGAAGAUACUGACAUGAAAGGUAAAGGCCACGAGAUCGAGGAUGAAGAAGUAGGAGACGAAGACGAGCAAGAGAUGGAGGAAGAUAAUGGUUAUCCCCACAUAAAACUCGAGGACUUUCCCGGGAGUUCAGAGAGCUUCGAGAUGGUGGCAAAGUUCUGCUACGGCGUCAAGAUGGACCUCUCUGCUUCCACUGUUGUACCACUUCGUUGCGCCGCCCAACACCUCGAAAUGACGGAAGAGUAUUCACCUGAUAACCUGAUUUCCAAAACCGAGAGGUUUCUCUCUCAUUCCGUCUACAAGAGCUUGCGAGAAUCCAUUCAAGCUCUCAAAGCGUGCGAGUCAGUCUCAUCUUUAGCCGGAUCGCUUGGUAUAACUGAACAGUGCAUAGCGUCCAUCAUCUCCAGAGCUUCCUCAGCUGAUCCCUCACUGUUCGGAUGGCCCGUAAACGACGGCGGCACCGAUCUACAACUUAUCCCGGGCAACGCGGCGAAAACUCGAAAGAAACAGAGUAGAGAUUCGAGUAUGGAGCUGUGGUUUGAAGAUCUGGCGCAACUGAGCCUUCCGAUCUUCAGAACUAUAAUCCUAUCAAUGAGAUCAGGAGAUCUGAGCUCAGACAUCGUAGAGAGCUGUUUGAUUUGUUACGCUAAGAAGCACAUUCCCGGAAUCUUACGUUCUAACCGGAAACCGCCGCCAUCGUCAUCAUCAACAACAGCAGUUUCAGAGAAUGAACAGAGAGAGUUACUAGAGACGAUAACCUCUAAUCUUCCAUUAGGUAAAAGCUCAAUCUCUUCAACAACUAGAUUCCUCUUCGGCUUACUACGAACAUCCAUCAUCCUCAACGCCUCCGAGACUUGCCGUCAUCUCCUUGAGAGAAAAAUCGGAUCGCAGCUAGAGCGAGCCACGCUCGACGAUUUGCUCGUCCCGAGUUACUCUUACCUCAACGAGACUUUAUACGACGUCGAUUUGGUAGAGAGAAUCUUAGGCCACUUUCUCGACACCUUGGAGCAAUCGAACACCGCCGCCAUAGUCGAAGCUGAUGGAAGAUCCCCGUCGCUGAUCCCCGUCGGGAAAUUAAUGGAUGGAUUUCUCGCGGAGAUCGCAUCGGAUGCGAAUCUGAAAUCGGAUAAAUUCUAUAAUCUAGCCAUCUCACUCCCAGAUCAAGCUCGUCUCUACGAUGACGGUCUUUACAGAGCUGUCGACGUCUAUCUCAAGGCGCAUCCAUGGGUAUCGGAAGCAGAGAGGGAGAAGAUAUGCGGCGUGAUGGAUUGUCAAAAACUGACUCUCGAAGCAUGCACACACGCCGCGCAAAACGAGCGGCUUCCGCUGAGAGCCGUCGUACAAGUCCUCUUUUUCGAGCAGUUACAGCUCCGCCACGCGAUCGCCGGGACGUUACUAGCGGCUCAAUCGCCGUCACCGUCAACGGAGCCGAGACCGUCAGGAGUAAGGAUAACAACGGAAACAGUAACGGAAGGGGAUGAAAGGAGAGGAGGAGAAGGACAGGUGGUGGACGAAGGGAAAUGGAAGAAGACGGUGAGAGAGAAUCAGGUGCUACGCUUGGAUAUGGAUACGAUGAGGACGCGUGUUCACCGGUUAGAGAGAGAGUGUUCCAACAUGAAGAAAGUGAUUGCUAAGAUUGAUAAAGAAGGAGGUUCAUCACCGGCGACGGCGACUACUGAUCGUCCGAGAAGUUGGUCGAUUACGAAAAAAUUGGGAUGUAAAUUCAAGACACAGGUCUGCGAUUCACACGAGGCAACGAUGGUCAAUCAUAGAUCACGACGUUCUUGAAUUGAGUUUUCGAAUUGGUUAUAUAAUUUUUUNUUUUUUUUUUUUUUUUUUUUUUGUAGUUAAGAGAAUCAGAAAGCAUAUUAUUGUGAUUCUUGGAUUUUUAGUUUGUUUUUUAAUUAAAUCCUUCGUGAGGUUUUUUGCUA